GGGAAGGGAGUCUUCCAUAGAUUUACCUUCGCCGGUUUGGUGACGGAGUGCAGAUGCUUUCAUAGAUCCGCGCUGCCGAUGAGAAACCCGAAGCUUUUGGGUCAAGGUUACUAUUGUUCGUUUAGUGCGAAGCUAGAAGUGGUUACUGUCUAGGUGGUUUUGGGUCUGGGCGGAGGAGUUCUCGUUUUGAUGAUGAAGCUCUCCGCCGAGGUGAAGUCGGUCAAGUCAACAAUUAGGUGGUUCUCGAUGCGCGCGUCUAGGGUUUUAAGCGGUUCAAAGGCGAAGGUGAUCUCGUGUUUCGAUUGAUCUCUUCCGCGUGUUGACAGUGCGGGUAGAUCGAGGAUUUCUCUACUGGUUGGAAGUUUGGUUUGUGUCAGGGGAGAUCUCGAUGGUUUGAGAAAGACCUCCGACAUGAUGUAAAAGCAAGGAAAAUAGGUGGUUUCGGCGGAGGCUCUGCGGGUAUCUGAGCUCCGGCGAAACGAGCGGUCCGGAGAUCUCUUCCGGUUUCUUCCGGAGUCGAUGAAGGGCAAGUUGAGGCGGAGAAACGCAUGCCGGUCUGAAUGGUGUAGAUCAUCUCACGUGUCUCUUCCUCUACUUCCUUGUUUCUCUCAUGGGCCUUGAUCGUCCGGUUUUGUAAGGUUGUGCCGAGGGGCCGUCUAAGUUGUUUGGGGCUUCGGCCGUAUGUUGUAGCCCGUUUAUGUAUGGGCCUUUGGUGUUUCUGUUGUAUCUGGGCGUGGUCCUUUUGCUUUUAAUAAUAUAAACAUGAUGGAAAAAAAAAACUGUAAAACAGGAAGAGGAAGUGUUUGGUGGUCAAAAAAGUCCGUACGCGAUGAACAAUGGAGAGACAGAGACGUCCUUCUUGCUGAAUAAUUCUUUUUAAAAGUUAAAUCCUUUUUUUCUUUUCUAAAUUGUCGAUAAAUGGAACUUCUUUAUUGGAUUUGGCUUCACACUUUACCUUGACAUUAAAGCAACAAAGCCUUGAAACUAAACAAAAAAAAUCGAGUUUUUAGUAGAAAGAAAGAGAGAUGCAAGCAGAGAACGAUGGGGGGUGGAUGCGCUAAACAUGGAGGUUGUCUUAGCGAUUACUUCGCCGUUGUCAUAGCUGUUAUCUGCUUCUUCGUGCUUUUGUCUCGAUCGGUCUUUCCAUGUUUGAUACACAAGGCUCCUCGUACUAACAGUAGCAGCUUCUGGAUCCCUGUCAUUCAAGUCUUCUCCAGUUUCAACCUCCUCUUCUCCAUUGUGAUGUCAGUCAAUCUGCUUCAGUUCAAGUCGCAUCAUUGGCGGCGAUAUUGCUAUCUUUGGGCAGUGUGGGUGGAAGGACCACUUGGAUUCGGUUUGCUCAUGAGCUGCCGUAUUACUCAGGCCUUUCAACUCUACUUCAUAUUCGUCAAGAAACGUCUACCACCUGUAAAGUCAUACGUCUUUCUCCCCCUUGUUUUGUUGCCAUGGAUCUUCGGAGCUGCAAUAAUCCAUGCAAGAAAGCCUCUCAGCAACGAAUGCCACUUGGGUCUUCAAUGGACUUUCCCAGUUGCAGGCCUCCAUGCUCUUUACGUCCUCGCUUUAGUUGCAUUCACAAGAGCCGUCCGUCACGUAGAGUUUCGUUUUGAUGAGCUUAAAGAUCUCUGGAAAGGGAUUCUCGUCUCAGCUGCUUCAGUCGUUAUAUGGGUGACAGCGUUUGUGUUGAAUGAGAUUCUCACAGAAAUCUCUUGGCUUCAAGUCGCUUCAAGAUUUGUGCUCUUAGUCACGGGUGGGGUUCUUGUGGUUGUCUUCUUUUCCAUCUCGAGCAAUCAACCUCUCCUCUCACAAAUCAGCCUUAAGAAGAAAGACAACUUUGAGUUUCAGAGAAUGAGUCUAGCUCUAGGCAUACCUGAUAGUGGUUUGUUAUUUCGAAAGGAGGAGUUUCGACCUGUUGAUCCUAAUGAGCCGCUUGAUAAGCUUCUUCUCAAUAAAAGGUUUCGCCAAUCUCUUAUGGAGUUUGCGGAUAGUUGCUACGCUGGAGAAACGUUGCAUUUCUAUGAAGAAGUGUAUGAACAUGGUAAAAUACCUGAAGGUGAUUCGAUAAGAAGAAUCUACAUGGCUCGACAUAUCAUGGAGAAGUUCAUCGUCGCAGGAGCGGAAAUGGAAGUGAACUUAUCACAUAAAACCAGGCAAGAGAUCUUGACCACUCAAGACCUAACUCACCCUGAUCUCUUCAAGAACGCAUUAAAUGAAGUGAUGCAAUUGAUCAAGAUGAACCUGUUGAGAGAUUACUGGUCAUCCAUCUACUUCAUCAAGUUCAAGGAAGAAGAAAGCUGCGAUAAGGAAGGAUGGAGUUUCUCUCCUCCAAGGAUAAGUUCAGUUCAAGGCUCUGAUGAUCCUUUCUAUCAAGAACAUUUGUCAAAGAGUCCCCCCACUUCCAGAUGCACUAGUCCCGGUUAAGGAAUCUUAACCAGAACCUAAACUGCCUUUUUAAACAUUCGGUAUUUUUGAUGUUUAUAGCAAUUCAGUCCAUCGACCACGUCUUCAACAUAUUAUAGCAACCGGUACUUGAACCACGUCUUCAACAUACGGUAUUUUGAUGGUUUAUAGCAAUCUAGUCAAAUAUAUACUCUCCUUUCACAUUUAUUGUACAUGUCUAUUUCUCUCACUCUUGUUAUACUGAAAGAGAAUGUCUGGUUCAUGUUUUGAUUUGGUUUGAAUGUGUGUACCGGGAUAAAAUUAUCGAAACUUACUAAUUAGUCUGGAAAAACUACCAAAUUUACUGCA